UGUCUUUGCUGUCUGGAUUUGUGUCAUUCAAUAAAUUCUCUCUCGUUGUUUUCUGCUUUUUUUCAGGUCGGCGUUUUGAGUAUUUAUCCUCAGCAAUGGAAAAGAGAAGGAAAGAAAGAAAGAGAAUGAGAGAAAGAGAAUGGCAAUGGACCUAAGGCAGAUUGUAGCUGCGCUUCUAACACUCUCUAUGUUUUUAAUGCUGGCUAACAUGAUCAAAAGAGACCAUUUUGAUUCUCUUCAAAUAAAUCUUCCAGUAACAUCAAGUGUAGAGAAUGAUGUUAUAAAGGUGACAGAAAGAAGCCUUGCCAAAUUACCAGUUGUGAGUAAAAGUCCUUGGAAGGAAGAUCUUGAAGCAGCACCAAAACCCUGCUGGAGCAAGCCUGAAAUAUCAAGUGGUCCUGAGUGUCAUGCCUCACAGAUUGCUGAUGGAGUAGCAGUGGCAAGAUAUCUAGGAGCAACGCUUGUGCUUCCUAACAUAGUCGCCAUGGGAAGCAAACCAAGGGUGAGGAGGUACUUGGGAGAUAUUUAUGAUGUUGAAAAGAUUCUCAAUACCCUUGAUGACAUAGUUAGAGUGACAAAGUAUCAGCCUAAUGAACCAAAUAAGGGAAAACUCAUUAGGGUCCCUAGCAGAGUUUCUGGAAACUAUAUUGAACAGAACAUUGCUCCAGUAUUUAGGAAAAGAGGAAGUUCAAGGCUUGAAAUCUACUGCCCUUCGGCGCAGAUGAUAGAUGAAGAAAAGACCAAACAUUUGGAUUCAUUUGCAUGCUUGACAAUGUUUGGGACCCUGCAGCUUCAACCAGAGUUGCAGCAAGUUGUUGAAUCUGUAGUUAACCGGCUAAGAAAUUUCAGCCAGAAGACGAAUGGCAAGUUUGUUGCGGUGGACUUGCAAAAGGGUUGUCUAGGAAGUGCACAAGGUGCAAGAAAAAUGUGUUACCAUGCAGAGGAGGUUGGAAAGUUCUUAAAGAAGAUUGGUUUUGACAGAGAUACUACAAUUUAUCUGACUCAAUCUCAAUGGUCUAGCAGUUUAGAUUCUCUAGGAGAAUUCUUUCCGAAUACAUAUACAAAGGAAAGUAUGCUAUCAGCAGAUAAGAAGACGAAGUUUCUCAACUCAGAAAUCUCAGAUAUGGAAAAGGUUAUCGAUUUCUACAUAUGUUCUCAAAGUGAUGUUUUCGUUCCGGCGACCUUUGGCCUGUUCUACUCAACUGUUGCAGGCAUGAGAAUUGCUUCAGGGAGGAAUCAGAUACUUGUUCCUUCUCAGAUAAUGACUUCAAGUGUUGCUACUGAAUAUGUAUCCCCAUACAUAUCAGAAAAGAACCAUCUUGCUUAUUCAUGUUGCUGUUGAUCUAUUAUUCUAGACCACAACUGCAAUGAGGGAAUCAGGCACUGAAAGAAAGCUAUAUAUCAGUAGCUCUUUUUUUAAGUAAUUGUGCGAAUUAGUUUUUCUUCUUGUUCUUUCUUUGGUUCAAGUUAGAAACUACCCCAAGUGUGGAUUAUAUGCUUUGGAUAAAAUGUAUUAUACAAUAUUAGCCAUAAAUUAAGUUACUAAAAAACUUGUUUUACUUUACAAAAUCUUUGUAUAACUUAGUCCUAUUGUAAUUUGGAAGUGUAAUAUAUUGGUGUUUUAGCAUUC